AUGGCGUCUCUUCGACACUCGGUCCCGGCCGUCUCAGCCGUGUGCAAGCAGAGCGUCAACUCCCGUCUGGCUCAGUCCGUGGCUUCCGUGCAGACAUCUUACUUGUCUUCCAUAUCUACACGACCUACAUCCUAUUCUCUCCCUUUUCCAAAAUCAUCUUACUCCCUCCCCAUCCGCCAAACCCGCACGUUCCUGACGCAACUUCGUCACCAAGCCCAAGCGCUAAAAGAGCAACCGAUCUCCUCACCAACUCCAAUCCCGCAGACCACGCAACCACCAGCCCCUCCUCUCCAACUCAACAACCUCCCCUACUUCGUCCGCCGCACCGGCUCCAACCAGCUUCCCGUGUACCUGGACAAGAAAGCCGGUGGCACAAAACAACUCACCAAGAUCCAAAAGACAGAGGGUGAUCUCGAUGCGUUCCGCGAGGAUCUAGCUCGGUCUUUGGGCGUGGACGUGCGGAGUUCCGACGUGAGCGUUAAUAGAAUCACAGGUCACAUUGUCGUAAAGGGCUGGCGCAAACCUGAGAUUUUGAAGUUCCUGCGUGAGCGCAACUUUUAA